AUGUGGACGUCCGCUCUGCUGCUGCUGCUUCUGACUAUAACUUCAGAAACUUUGGGAAAGGCUAAAAAUCGCUUCACUCACUACCCAUCAUGGAACGCUAAAAUGUACCCGAUCUGGAAAGCAGGUGGCCCGAGAUAUGAAGACUCCUGGAAAGGUGGAAAGGUGAACUUCAAUGUUAGGAAUGAUUCACCAACCCUGACUGGAGCCAAAGUCACGUUCACCAUCGAACUGGAGUUUCCCCACAACCAGGAAGUUCUGCCUGAUGGGAGCGUGGUCUGGGCUGAAGACUGUGUAGUCAAUGGAACCAAAUAUUUUAAGUCAGAACCAGUUUAUCCAAUGAAGGACACAGACUGGGAAGCUGUUUUUCCAGAUGGGACACCAGUAAAGGACGACAAGAAGCCGCCUUAUGUGUUUGUGUGGAAAACUUGGGGUCAGUACUGGCAGGUAGCAGACGGGCCCUGCUCCUCUCUGACCAUCAGUACGGAUGACAUCCCACUGGGCUCCUACACCAUGGACAUCGUCAUCUAUCACUACCGGAGCAAAGAAAAGUUUAUUCCUCUGGGAUAUGCUUCUACGCAGUUUUCCAUCACUGAUCAGAUCCCCUUCGCCGUCUCCCUGGACCAAGUCAAUGACAUCGUGGCUGGAGACAUGCGCUUCGUGCAGAACCGAGCCAUCGCCUUCACCGUGACCCUCCAUGACCCCAGCCAGUACCUCAGCAACGCAGACAUCACCUUCAACUGGGACUUUGGCGAUGAAAGCGGGGCGCUCAUAUCCAGAGAGAUGACCGUCACUCACACGUACGUCAGCUCUGGAUCGUUCAAACCGCAGGUGGUCAUCCAGGCGGUCAUCCCUGAUAAGGCCUGCGACCCGCCAUCCGACCCCCCGACCUCCACCUCCGGACCGACUGCCGACCAGGCAACCACAGACACUGAGGAGGACAACGCUGAGGGAGAAGCCUCCACUGCCUCCAUGGUUCAGGCUGACCAGGAAGCUGCAGUAGCAAAGACUCCACCCCCAAUAAACAAACUCCAAACAGGAAACAAGAUGGCGGCAAAUGGAAAGAGAACAGUGAGGCUGUCAGGGCGAGUUGCAGCCAUUGUUGUUGCUAAGAGGGAAGCAGAGGAUAAACCAUCCGAUGAUGACUGUGUGAUAUAUAGAUAUGGUUCCUUCUGCACUGGCAUUGAAGUUUUUGAGGGCAUUGAAAAAGUAGAGAUUGUGCAAAUGGAAAAUGUUCUCAUGACAACACCUCGAAAGGACACAAAUGUUUUAGACAUUACUGUGACCUGCCAAGGAAGUCAUCCCAAAGAGGUCUGCAGUGUGAUUCUGGACUCAGACUGCCUGAAGCCGAUUCACAUGGCGUGCAACCUGGUGGAGCCCUCUAAGGAGUGCCAGUUGGUGUUGCGUCACUUCUUUAAUUCCUCUGGGGACUACUGCAUCAACGUUUCCAUGGCAAAUGAUGUCAGUUUAGCUGCUGCCACUGCCAGAUUCACAGUUGACUUGGGCUCAGGUCUGUCUUCCUCCGGGACCAUCGUUAUGCUGUUGGGUGUCCUGGUACUCAUUCUCACAGUGGGAAUUGUUGGAUACUCCUACAAGCGUCUUAAACCAUACCAUCCUUUAAAGGAAGCUGCAUCUGAAGGCCCACAGCUCAGUGAGGUUCGCAGCAGCGCUGCAGCUUCGAUGCUCUGGAACUCCCUAAACAGACAAGGAGCCAUCGACAACAGCCCUCUGCUGCAGGACAGGCCGCUGUAAAUCCCCAGCAUCAAACAA